CCAUUGCUCUCACACACGCCUCCACCUGACGCUGUUUCUUCUCCCCGUCCGGCUCUAAUAAUGGCAUCUCCCUCCUCCGCGCGGGCCCUUCCCCUCUUCGUGCUGCUGGUCAUCGUCGUUCUCCUGCUCUCCUCCCUCUCCGCCCUCGCGGCCUCGGAUCCCCCGCGCGCCACCCUCGCCGCAGGGCGCAUGCGGCAGGACUUCCACGACGCCACAAGCGUUGCCAUGAACGACGCGGGUAGGGGACCGAUCAGCGGCAGGAGGAGGAGGAGGGCGCCCCGGGGCGCAGGCACCGGCGCGUGGGCGUUCUCGGGGAUGCUGCCCCGGGGGUUCGCGCCGCCGUCGGGCUCGUCGGCGUGCCACAAUGACAUGCCGGCCACGGCCGCCGAAGCCCGGUUCUACGCCUGUGGCGGCUCCGGGAGCCCGUGACGUAUGAAGCCACUACGGAGUAGUUUAAUUUUGACGGGGUUCGUCCAAGUGUAAAUGCAGUGAAGCUUAAUUCUUUUCUUUUUCCCCAGCGCCCUUGUUCUCGAACGUGUAAAUACUGUACUCUGAUCUUUCAGUGUCGAAAACUUUCAGUAGCGAAUGCACCUCACAAGUAAUUUGACAGCUGUGAAGAGCGGAGGAGAAUUUCGGUGUUCUUGUCCUUUCUAGACACCGGCCGGCGUGAAGCUGUUACGUUUCUGUUAUCUGUUGCGUUUCUUGUUAUUUGCCAAUACAUCAACUUCUGUUUGUC